AGUCGCGGAAAGUGGUUUAUUUAAUUUCAAGGUCACGAUGCCUCACUCGACUCUUACUGAUUGUGACAAAUACGAAGACGGUGAUUUAUGUACGGAAAAAAAGCAUCUUUGGUCCAGUCUACUCGAAGAGGUUACACACAAGGCUGCAGUGACAUUGUCUCCCUCCAAAACUCUUGUUGUUUUGGGGGAUGAUGAGUGUGGGAAAACUACUCUAAUAGCACGACUGCAGGGUACAGAAGAUCCAAAGAAAGGUUUUGGACUUGAGUACACUCUUUUGGAUAUCAAGGAUGAAGACAGAGAUGAUCAAACGAAACUGAAUGUGUGGAUUUUGGAUGGCAACACUAUUCACAGUCAUCUUUUAAAGUUUGCAAUCAAUGAAGAUUCGUUCGGAGAUUGCUUCAUCAUGAUAUGUGUGAGCAUGAUGGAACCAUGGCAUAUUAUUAGCAGUUUAAAUAAAUGGGUUGGUAUCUUAAGAGAACAUAUUGGUAAUCUCAAAGUUCCAAAUAAGAAGCUUCAAGAAUACAAGAAAAAUAUUUUGCGCCAAUUCUGUAGUUAUCUAGAACCUGAUGUACUAGCGAACACUGCUCAUGUCGCGCCCAUAUGUAUCAGCUCAUCUGGCAAUCAUCAACCUAAUGGACUUGUUUCACCGAAAAAGUUAUCGGGAAUACACCCUGCAACAGCUGCUCUUCUCUCAAGCACAUUAAACUCACUAUCCGAAACUGCGUCUCAGCCACCAUCUGUUAUAAAUGUUGAACAAGCAAACAUUUCUGUGGAGACAAACACUGAUGAAAAUGCUCUAAUCAACAAUUUGGGGAUUCCAAUAGUUGUAGUGAUGACGAAGGCUGAUUCUAUGGGGGCUCUGGAAAAAGAAAAUCAGUUCACAGAAGAACACUUUGACUUCAUUCAAAUGCAUGUUCGACGUUUUUGUUUGUCCUAUGGAGCGGCACUGUUUUAUGUAUCAGUCAAGGAGGACAAGAAUUGUGACUUACUAAAUCGUUAUCUACAAAGUCGUAUCUACGGUUUUCCGUUCAGUCAAACUGCGUAUGUUGUCGAAAGAGACUGUAUUUUCGUUCCAGCUGGAUGGGAUAACCCAAAGAAAAUUGGAAUUCUUGAGGAGAACCUUACUCAAGUUCAACCGCAUAGUCUGUAUUCUGACGUAGUUCCUCCACCACCGUCGAAAAAAGCCGCAGUUCGCGAACCGGAACUAUUUGCUCAAGAUGACCAAUCAUUUCUUACUCGCCUCUCGGUCAGUAUGCAAAGAGAUAAUGCUCAAGCAAAUAUUUCAAAUAAUACAAUAUCUGGUAAUUCGGAUUCUGUCAUAGAUCAGCUUGGAACAACUACUGCCUUGAUGAAUGCAUCUUCCAAUGUUGGAAGUAGACCAGUUUCUGGAUCUCCUCGCACACCUGGUUCUGCUGGUAGAUCAAAGCCUCCUUCAGCUGUUGGUGGAACUUCUGGGACAACAGGUGGACCUGGACCAGGGGCUUCUGAAGGUGUAUUAGCCAAUUUUUUCAACAGUCUGCUUAGCAAACGCACACAUGUUGUUGGUGGAGUUGGCGGUAUUGCUACGUCUGCAUCACUAAGUACACAAGGUUCUCUAGAUAGGACCUCGAUCUCACAAAAAGAUAUUCAAUCUGAACUAAAGAGGUUGGCUCAAAGCUCUCGUGAAGCACUGGAUGGUGGAGAUAAUGGUGCUGAACAGUUAUUAGGUGAUGUUCGACAACAAAAACUGGACGAAAUGAAAUCAGUUGACUCCGGAUCUCCUAAACUGACUAAGACAACAUCUAGCGCUAACGAGGAACCAAGUCAAGUUUAGCUAUGCAUUGAUUCUUAUUAUUUCUCAUAUUUCUGAUCUACGAAUUCAGAUUAUCUUCAUUACAACGAACUGUAUGCUUUAAUAUGACGUUUUCAUUCUUUUUCUUAUUCUGAUGUUUGGGUUUCGAGUUCCUUUUUCGACGUAAUGUUCAUGUCAAACAAGUCCCUCCAACGUGUGACACAUAACUUAGGUUCCAAUCAUCAUUAUUCAAAAGCAGUAUUCUCGGAAUUGGCAUUUGUGCAAAAUGGUUUUAUAAAAGCGGUUCUAUAGAUAGAAUGUUUGCUUUA